ACUAUAAUUGUUUCAGACGAAGCUGAAAUGAUGAACAAUUUAUCUUUAAAACGUCAUAAAACAUCCAUGGUUUUAUGGAAGACUACCGAUAACUUUAUGGAAGAAGUUGACGAUAAUACGACCGAUUCUGACGAUCACACAGCGACUAUUGAAUCAAAUACUUCUGAUUCGGCACUUAAUAAACCAUCUUGUAAAAUAGAUGAUUUCGAAGAUAACGCUUCCAUGUACUACCAUCGUGUAAGAAAAAAUAAAGUAUCUCGAGUGGUCAGCCCCAGUACUGUGACUCGUCAAAAAGUAUCUGUAGAUGUUACCAAUCCUUUGUACAAAGAGCCAUUUAACCACGGAUGGAAACGUGAGUUAGUUUAUAGAGCUGGAACAUCGGAAAAUCAGACACGGCGAAUGGCUGAUAUUUACUACUAUACUCCUGAAGGAAAAAAAGUUCGCAGUUACAGAGAAGUCAUCGAGUUUCUUACAGCUAGUGAAUUAACAAUUGACAAUUUUACAUUUUUCAAAGAGCCACUUGGAGUAAAUGACCCUAACAAAGAGAUCAUUCGAGAUGCCAAAAAAACAAAAGAUUAUCUGAAUAGUAAAUUUGUUGUGAGUCAAUUGAAAAAAUCUGGAACUUUUCCUGCAAAAAAGCUGUUUAACAAAAAAGAUACUGAAGUAUGUACGCCAGAAACAGAAUCUAUCACAGUUACUAAAUCUUCAAAACCAGCAGCAACGUUUAAAGUAAAGGUGCCUACUAAAAAAGCUGCGAGUAAAAAACUUGAAGCUGAAGAUGAAUCAUGUCCACCAGUUGCUACUGUGACUACAAUAAAAGAAGUCUCGGCACCACCAGGAAAAUCGAUUGUAACCCGAAAAAUUCAGCAGUUGGAGAAAAGUUUUCUGCUGAAACCAAUGAAAACAGCUAAGAAAAGACAAACUAUACCAGAAUUUGAUCACAGGCAAAACCUCAUGGUUACCGUAUGUGCUGGAUAUCAUGCACUUUCACGUAUAUUUCAGUAUUUAACUGUUAAAGAAUUACUGCGUGCUGCCAGGGUUUGUCGUAUGUGGAGAGAUCUUGCUGCUCAUCCAUUACUAUGGAAAACUGUUAGGAUGAAAAAUAGCCAAGUGACAGAUUGGGAGGGCUCUGCAACCACUCUUAAGAACCGUGGUACGGAGCAUUUAGAUUUAAGAAAGAUGCUUAUCGUAGAUGAGGCAGAUGCAACAUGGAAGAAAUUUGUUACUGCAAUUCCAAAUGUUACUAGUCUUAUGAAGCUGGAAUUAUGCAGAUGUCCUGCUGUUAUUGUUGAAGAGAUCAUGAAAAAAUGUCCACAAUUGCUCGUACUGAGUGCUAUGUCGAUUGAAUGUGAUACUUUUGAUCUUCAAUUCGCUAGAAAUUUAAAUUAUUGCAACGAAUUAAGACUAAAAGCUGUUAGCGGUAUGUCGCUACUUGGAGAUCUUACUCCAUUAUUAAGUUUGUCCAAAAUAACACAUUUGAGGAGACAGAAAAAGUACUCGGGACACUGUCUGUUUUUGAGAUAA